CCAAUUUCCCACAGUGGGAGCGACGUUCAGAAGCUGGAAUGAAAUGGGCGAAAAAGUGGACGAUGACGAUGAAAUCUUGAAGCAAGUUUUUGGAGAUUCUUCAGACGAUGAACACUUAGAAGAGCAACCUGCAAUGGAAGAUUCAGCAUAUGAAGUCGGCCGCAUUCAUGGGUGGGAGUGGGAGCAGGUCAAGGAAAUUAAAGGCUUAUGGCUGUGCAGAAGCUUCCUCUCUCCCGAACAACAAACGUCGCUUCUCUCCGAAAUCCGAAACGAAGGGUGGUUCAGGGAAGCCUCUCAAAAUCAGGCCAUGAGGUUUGGUAACCUUCCAACAUGGGCUGUUGGAAUUUCAGAUUCUAUUUAUGAGGCAGUGCUUUCAAGUAACCACAUGACAGAUCCUUUCAUUUUGGACCGCUGUAAUGGAGAUAAGAUAGAUUGUCCUCUUCCAUCAGAUAUUUUAUGGAGAGAACCUCUCUUUGAUCAACUGAUAGCUAAUGUGUAUCAACCAGGUGAGGGGAUUUGUGCACAUGUUGACCUCAUGCGGUUUGAAGAUGGAAUUGCCAUUGUCUCCCUUGAGUCACCGUGCGUGAUGCAUUUUUCCCCGGUUGAUCAAACUUCUUGUGAUCCUACAAGCAAGGGAGAAGUCAGUACAUCGACGUUGAAAGUGGUGGUAUAUCUAAACCCAGGAUCGCUUGUUUUGUUGUGGGGCGAAGCUCGCUACCUCUGGAAGCACGAGAUAAAUCGUAAGCCUGGGUUUCAAAUGUGGGAAGGCCAGGAACUUAUUCAAGGGAGACGAACCUCCAUUACACUGAGGAAACUGUGUCAUGUUGAGUAGGAAGGCUUUUUACAGGUAGUAGCUGCAUUUUCUUCCAUGUUCAUCCUUCGUUUUGUUUAACUGAAUUCCAGUUAGCAGAAUGCGGCUCGAACGAACAAUUUGCUGUUAUUUGACUGGAAAAUUUUCAGUUCAUUGUGGCUCUUGAAAAAGAAAAGUAAAAGUUGACAGGGAAGUUCUCAGCA